CUCGACAUUCAUGCGGGGUGUUCCUUGAGGCAGCUCAUUUGGAGGUGUAGUGAGCUUCUGAUUCAGCCCAAGUCGAUUCCCCACGACAGAUUCUUCCACGCCACGCCGCGCCUCGGAUUCUUUGCUCGUUCGGCUUCCCUGCGACCCUUUCAAGCAUUCUAUCGAUUCUUCUCUUCUUCUAUUCCGCCGUGUCCAUGUCAAGUUUCUCAUUGGUCUUCGAUAUCAAGACGCAGGCUCUGCUGUUGCAACGUUAGAGUGAUUCUUCACUCUUUUCGGGACGCAGUUGAUUGUUUUUCAGCCUUCGAACCAUAAUUUUUAGCGGUACUGCGAGUGACUUGGAAGCAGGGAAGGUAUUGGCUUCCUUCCCUGCUUGGACCCAAGUGCUCUGGUUUUUAUCCGUGCUGACUUCUCCUUCGCAGUGAUACAGCGACGGGGGAGUCUCACGCAGUACUUACGGAUAGGAAGAAUCUCGUGUUCGUGUCCAAAUUCGUCAGCAAGUUUGUUUGAGGAUAGAUUAGGCUGGGUCACUUCUUCCUUGCAAUCCCUAAUUCGACCGUAUUAGAAAUGGUGGUGAAGGAUUCUAAUUGAAUGACGGCUCCCCUCAUGUGUGUUAUCCUUUUUGAUUCGUUUUCCUCAGGCAUUUGCUCAUCUGGUGACUUUUGGACUAAUUUGGGUAGACUCUGCAAUCUUGCAGGGCUACACCCCAAACCCCUGAGGGUUGGGGGCUGCCUCCAAAUAGCUUCAUGAAAUCACCUUCUAUAUGAUGGAACUUUCAGUGGUUCCUAGGUCAGGUCAUGAACAAGAGUAAUUAGUGCAUUUUGUUUUGUUCUUGUUUUUGUUUUUUUGGUUCGCUGAGCACCCAAGAUGGCUAAGAAGACACAUAACUCCGUUGCUCUUGCGAUUGCUCGAGAGGACCGGAGGAACAAAUUCAUCACUGCGGCCGCGGGAGCGGGAGCAGGGAUGCUGGCAGCGACUUUUGUGUGCCCAUUGGAUGUGGUCAAAACUCGGUUGCAAGUGAAUCGGAUGGGCUACGAGAACAUCAACGGCAUGAUGGUUUUAGGGCAUUUGGGUACAAUAUUCAAGAAGGAGGGGGUGAAAGGGCUAUAUUGUGGUUUCUCCUCCACCAUGGUUGCUCUACUUGUCAACUGGGCUGUAUAUUUCACCGUGUAUGAGCAGCUGAAAGGUAUGCUUCAGGCACGGGAAGCGCGGAAGAAUGGAGGAGUUGUCGGCAAGGGAGGCGCGUAUGCACAUCCGCCGAAGCUUUCAGUAGGUGCGAAUAUGUUGGCUUCGGCAGGUGCAGGGGCAACCACUAUUUUAGUUACAAAUCCACUAUGGGUUGUGAAAACCAGGAUUCAAACACAAAGUUUGAGACCUGAUCUGAUUCCUUAUAAAGGUGUGGCAUCAGCCCUUCAUCGAAUUUUUCGUGAGGAGGGUGCUCGAGGUCUUUACAGCGGAGUGGUGCCGGCUCUAGCGGGUAUAAGCCAUGUUGCCAUUCAGUUCCCUUUGUUUGAGUUUCUGAAGAAUCAGCUGGCUCUGAGAGAAGGCACUACAGUAGACAAACUACCUGUAGGUCAGGUGGCAAUGGCUACAUCUGCAGCCAAGGUCAUUGCAUCUACUAUCACAUACCCACAUGAGGUUGUUCGGUCGAGACUACAAGAACAAGGCGUUGCGAGGCUUGAAAAACUGCGGUAUACCGGAGUCGUCGAUUGCAUUAAGAAAAUAACGGCUCAUGAAGGAAUACGAGGAUUUUACCUUGGAUAUGCAACCAACUUGAUGCGAACCACUCCUGCUGCAGUGAUAACAUUCACAAGCUUUGAAAUGAUUCUUAGGCAGCUGAAAAUUAUCUUCCCUCCUCGUAGAGAGGAUUAGGGUGUUAGUUCUUCUUACUUUUCCAUUUUUGGAGGUGGAUUGAAAUGCUGUUAGGGUAGUUUCUCAACUGCAGAUUUUCUGUGGUUGUAGGUUUAGAAAUGCAUGUCCCACAAAAGGGCGCCGAAAGAUCAGAGAGCGCCACAUUGUAUCCUCAUAGGUCACCUACUAAAUUCCUGUGUGCUGCCCGCUCGCUUCACAGAUCCUAUCCAUAAUUGUACUGGUGCCUACCUGUUCUACCAAUCGGCUGUUUUGCGAACAUAUAUCGGAUCAAGUCAACAAACAUUUAGAAUUAGAAGUGCCAGAAUCUGAAUCAGCUUGAUUGAACAGAUUUUAUACAGGGUUGAGAUUUUAAGCGUUUGAGAGCCGAUGAGCACAGGAGGGUGUAAUUUAUUUUGUUUCUCUCUUAAGUUAGAGGUUCGGAUGUUGGGGGGAGGGUUUUAAGAAAAAAAGAAGCCAAAGAUAAAGAGCAUAGCUUUUUAGGGGAGGUUGUAUAAUAGCCUUUUAGUGCAGGAAGUAUGUGUAGAAAAUGCAACAUUUUUUCUGAUCGAGCCUCUCAUCACGAGCUUCGGUGCCCUGUAUUUGCAUCAUGUUCCCGUUAAGAGUUCAGACUAUAUGGUUCAUCUUGA